AUGAGUUUUCUAUUUUCCGGGGACCCAAGAAAUCUUAAGAGGAGAAUAAGGCAUGAUUUUAUACCUAUUAAGGGUUCUGAGGUUUAUAAACAGCUAAAUUCCCUUGCAGCAUUACCAUCGUGCAAAGAAUUGAGGCAGGAUAAUAUAUUCAAGAUUGUUUCCAAUGAAAUCCGGCAGGUUAAGUCAGAUAUUCAGGGUAUUCAAACACGUGUGAAUGCUGAGGUGGAUGCUGAAAAGGAGCAGGCGGAUCAACUGAAUCAAAAGUUAAGAACUUCUGCUUAUAAAAUUGAUCAUACUGCCAAAAGGGUGUUUAGACUGCGUUACAAGCACGAGAACAACACAAAAAAACAAAUUAUGGAGCUAGAUACAUACAUUGACAGUAUUGAUCAAAGUCUUAAAGAGUGCCAAGAUAUUGUAAAUGAGGUCAUAAGUGACCUGAGCAAUGUUGAUUUAAGAUUACCCGAGAAAGAACGGCUACUCAGCAAUCAGCAGUUGAACGAAAGGCAUUAUCCACUGUUAUAUAACAUAUUUCGUGGCAAAUUUCCCUCAAAGUUUCAAUCCAUUCAAAUGUUAAAGUCUAAUGAUUCUUCAGAGAUCGAAAUACGUCCCCCCGUUACUGAAAUAUACGCUGAUUCUUGCGGGGUAGAAGUUUCUAAAAGGGAUUACAAAGGUAAUUUACAAACAAAUCAGUCCACACCACUAGGGCUGGGUAUAGAAAUGGAAGAUGAAUUUUACAGUCCGAAAAGUCCUAAGUUCUUUGCGAUUCAAGGAUCAUCAUGCUUGGGAAGUUUAGAGCGUUCUGGUUGCAAGAAAAGUACAACAGGGUAUUCUUCCAAUUCUCCUAAUCUUGAUAGCGCUACAAGAGACGUGAUUCCAGACAAAAUUUUAAUGCCCAGGUUCCAACGAGUGGCAGCCCCCCAGACUGCUACAACCCUCGAAAAUGUCCAAAUUACUGAGCCCUUUGUGGCCGUGUCAGCUAAGAACGAGGAUCCAACUAGUAAAUGA